AUGGCACCUUUGUUACACCUCCCCCUGCACCAACUCGGCACCCUCAUGCCCCUCCCCGCUGCGCCAACUUGGCACCCUCGUGACCCUCCCCCCUGCGCCAACACCGCACUCUCCUUAACGGUGAACAACACACGUUUUGGCUCUCUUUCCAGUGCCUGCAAGGCCGUUGUUGGUGUCAAGGAAUUUCGAGGAGCCUGUGAUGAGAGGCUUCCCUACACCACCCUGAGACCCUCCACCUGUGGGGACUGCUUAAUUCAGAGAUCACCGCCCAGCGUGCACUUGGUGCGUUCAGCGGAGAGUCUGGGAACGUCGUCAGAACGGCGGGAGGUGGUCGCCGUGGACUUUACAGCGGAUCUUCGCUUCAACAGAAUCCGGGAGAUCCAGCCUGGGGCGUUCAGAAGGCUGAGAAACCUGAAUACUUUGCUUCUCAACAACAAUCAGAUCAAGAGUAUACCCAGUGGAUCAUUUGAAGACUUGGAGAACUUAAAAUACCUCUAUUUGUACAAGAAUGAGAUCCAGUCAAUUGACAGGCAAGCGUUUAAGGGACUUGCCUCUCUAGAACAACUAUACCUGCACUUUAAUCAGAUCGAAACGUUGGAUCCAGAGUCGUUCCAGCAUUUGCCGAAGCUGGAAAGGCUGUUUUUGCAUAACAACCGAAUCACACAUUUGGUUCCAGGAACGUUCAGUCACUUGGAAUCCAUGAAGAGACUGCGGCUGGACUCGAACGCACUGCACUGCGACUGUGAGAUCCUGUGGCUGGCGGACCUGCUGAAAACCUACGCCAAGUCUGGCAACGCGCAGGCGGCCGCCACCUGUGAGUACCCACGGCGCAUCCAGGGGCGCUCGGUGGCCACGAUCACCCCUGAGGAGCUGGACUGUGAAAGGCCCCGGAUCACUUCGGAGCCCCAGGACGCAGACGUCACCUCGGGGAACACUGUGUUCUUCACAUGCAGAGCGGAAGGCAACCCCAAACCCGAGAUCAUCUGGCUUCGAAACAACAAUGAGCUGAGCAUGAAUUCAGAUUCCCGCCUCAACCUGCUGGACGAUGGAACCCUGAUGAUCCAAAACACGCAGGAGACAGACCAGGGGAUUUACCAGUGCAUGGCGAAAAACGCGGCCGGGCAGGUGAAAACACAAGAAGUCACCCUCAGGUACUUUGGGUCUCCAGCUCGACCCGCUUUUGUAAUCCAGCCACAGAACACGGAGGUGCUGGUUGGGGAGAGUGUCACCCUGGAGUGCAGUGCCACAGGCCACCCUCCGCCGCGGAUCACCUGGACCAAAGGGGACCGCACGCCCCUGCCCGAGGACCCUCGCGUGAGCAUCACCCCCUCUGGCGGCCUGUACAUUCAGAAGGUCCAGCAGGACGACAGUGGGGAGUACACGUGCUUCGCCUCCAACAGCCUGGGCAGCAUCCAGGCCACUGCUCUGAUCAUCGUCCAGGCUCUUCCCCAGUUCACCGUGACCCCUGCAGACAGAGCUGUUAUCGAGGGUCAGACGGUUGAUUUCCAGUGUGAGGCCAAGGGCUACCCACAGCCUGUCAUAGCAUGGACUAAAGGAGGGAGCCAGCUGUCCGUGGACCGGCGACACCUCGUCCUCUCCUCGGGGACGCUCAGGAUCUCGGGGGUGGCGCUCCACGACCAGGGCCAGUACGAGUGCCAGGCUGUCAACAUCAUCGGCUCCCAGAGGGCCGUGGCCCACCUGACAGUGCAGCCCCGAGUCACCCCGGUGUUUGCCAGUGUUCCCGGCGACAGGACGGUGGAGGUGGGCACAAGCGUGCAGCUGCCCUGCAGCGCCCAGGGGGAGCCCGAGCCGGUCAUCACCUGGAACAAGGACGGGGUGCAGGUGACGGAGAGCGGGAAGUUCCACAUCAGCCCCGAGGGCUUCCUGGCCAUCCACGACGUUGGGACCGCGGACGCAGGCCGCUACGAGUGUGUGGCCCGCAACACCAUCGGGCAGGCCUCGGUCAGCAUGGUGCUCAGCGUGAGCGUUCCUGACGUCAGCCGAAACGGGGACCCAUUUGUGGCCAAAUCGAUUGUGGAAGCAAUUGCAACUGUGGACAGAGCCAUAAACUCCACCCGCACUCACCUGUUCGACAGCCGCCCGCGGUCCCCCAACGAUCUGCUGGCCUUGUUCCGGUACCCGCGGGACCCCUACACCGUGGAGCAGGCGCGCGCCGGCGAGAUCUUCGAGCGGACGCUGCAGCUGAUCCAGGAGCACGUGCGGCACGGGCUGAUGGUCGACCUGAACGGCACAAGUUACCACUACAACGACCUCGUGUCCCCCCAGUACCUGAGCCUCAUCGCCAACCUGUCCGGCUGCACGGCGCACCGGCGCGUGAACAACUGCUCGGACGUGUGCUUCCACCAGAAGUACCGCACCCACGACGGCACCUGCAACAACCUGCAGCACCCCAUGUGGGGCGCCUCGCUGACCGCCUUCGAGCGCCUGCUCACGGCCGCCUACGAGAACGGCUUCAACACCCCGCGGGGCGUUGACCCCAGCCGGCUGCACCACGGCCACGCGCUGCCCAUGCCCCGCCUGGUGUCCACGUCCCUGAUCGGGACCGAGAGCAUCACGCCCGACCAGCAGUUCACGCACAUGCUGAUGCAGUGGGGCCAGUUCCUGGACCACGACCUGGACUCCACGGUGGUGGCUCUGAGCCAGGCCCGCUUCUCCGACGGGCAGCACUGCAGCUCCGUGUGCAGCAGCGACCCGCCCUGCUUCUCGGUGGCCGUGCCCCCCAACGACCCCCGCGUCCGGAAUGGGGCGCGCUGCAUGUUCUUCGUGCGCUCCAGCCCCGUGUGCGGCAGUGGGAUGACGUCCCUCCUCAUGAACUCCGUGUACCCGCGGGAGCAGAUCAACCAGCUCACCUCCUACAUCGACGCCUCCAACGUGUACGGGAGCACGGAGCACGAGGCGCGGGCCAUCCGGGACCUGGCCAGCCAGCGGGGGCUCCUGCGGCAGGGCAUCGUGCAGCGGUCGGGGAAGCCGCUGCUGCCCUUCGCCGCGGGGCCGCCCACCGAGUGCAUGCGGGACGAGAACGAGAGCCCCAUCCCCUGCUUCCUGGCCGGGGACCACCGUGCCAACGAGCAGCUGGGCCUGACCAGCAUGCACACGCUCUGGUUCCGGGAGCACAACCGCGUGGCCACCGAGCUGCUCGCCCUGAACCCGCACUGGGACGGGGACACCAUCUACCACGAGGCGAGGAAGAUCGUGGGCGCGCAGAUGCAGCACAUCACCUACCAGCACUGGCUGCCCAAGGUGCUGGGCGAGGUGGGCAUGAAGGCGCUGGGGGACUACCGCGGCUACGACCCGGGCGUCAACGCCGGCAUCUUCAACGCCUUCGCCACGGCCGCCUUCCGGUUCGGCCACACGCUCGUCAACCCCGUGCUCUACCGGCUGGACGAGAACUUCGAGCCCAUCGUGCAGGGACACGUCCCGCUGCACAAGGCCUUCUUCUCGCCCUUCCGCAUCGUGAACGAGGGUGGCAUCGACCCGCUGCUCAGGGGCCUGUUCGGCGUGGCGGGGAAGAUGCGCGUGCCCUCGCAGCUGCUGAACACGGAGCUCACCGAGCGGCUCUUCUCCAUGGCGCACACGGUGGCCCUGGACCUGGCCGCCAUCAACAUCCAGCGGGGCCGGGACCACGGCAUCCCGCCCUACCACGAGUACCGGCUCUACUGCAACCUGUCGUCCGCCCACACCUUCGACGACCUCAAGAACGAGAUCAAGAGCCCCGAGAUCCGGGAGAAGCUGAGGCGGUUGUACGGGUCCUCACUCAACAUCGACUUAUUUCCUGCACUCAUGGUGGAAGACUUGGUCCCUGGCAGCCGGCUGGGACCUACCCUCAUGUGCCUGCUGAGCACGCAGUUUAAGCGCCUGAGAGACGGGGACAGGCUGUGGUAUGAGAACCCGGGGGUGUUCUCCCCGGCGCAGCUGACGCAGAUCAGGCAGACGUCGCUGGCCCGGAUCCUGUGUGACAACGCUGACAACAUCACGCGUGUGCAGAGGGACGUGUUCAGGGUGGCGGAGUUCCCCCACGGCUACAGCAGCUGUGAUGACAUCCCCCGGGUGGACCUGCGCAUGUGGCAGGACUGCUGUGAAGGCCAGCCCUACAGCCCGGGGGCAGCCUCCCCAGCGAAGGUGCGGGCGUCCUUGCAGAGAGAAGCUCUUGGUCGCACGUGCACAGGGCACACUUUUGCUUUGCUGCAGAUCAAGAGGCUGGAGGCCCGGCUCAGCGCUGCAGACUGCACGGACGCACACGGGGAGCCUCACGCCAACGGCGCCAAGUGGAAGGGAGAUGCGUGCACCGCCUGCGAGUGCCGUGUGAGUGUGGGGCUCCAGCUCGGGGACCAGGUGCAGGGACGUGGCCGCUGGCCCCGGGCUCCAGGGCAGCUGCAGGGGCUGCGAGAGGCCCCGCUCCUUGUCUGGGACGUGCGGUCCUGGCUGGCCUGCACCCCGCUGCCCGGGCAGUGGGUGUUCACACCCGACGGGCAGGUCACCUGCUUCGUGGAAGCUUGCCAGCCUGCUGAGUGCGCGGCGCCCGCUCUGACGCCUGGCGCUUACAAACAAGGAGCCAUCCACCGUGAGGGGGCGCCCCGGAGCCGCCAGGAGGACACGCACCGCAGGGACAGCAAGAUCAGGCCGCCGGGACACCGGGGUGACGGUCUAGGCGUGGGCACGGGUCACCGGCCCCGACCCGACCUGCGUUGA